GGCGGCCUGGGAGCCGAGAGGCGCUGCCAGGCGCGCACUCCCAGGCCCCGCGCGAGUGCCGCCGCCGGGAACCGCGAGCUCCGAGCGCCCGGACGGCGCCGGCCAGUCCCGCAGGGCAGGUGAGGCUUGGCAGUCCGGUUCCUGCGCCUGGAGGACAGAUGUGUCCGGGCGUCGGCGCUCACGGACCUGAGCCCAAGUGAAGCUUUCGGAAAAGGCAAGACGGCGGCCGGGAGAUGUCCGCGGAGAACCCCUGCGCCCCCGGCGCGCCCGAUGCUCCCUGCGCCCCCGGCGCGCCCGAUGCUCCCUGCGCCCCCCGCGCGCCCGAUGCUCCCUGCGCCCCCCGCGCGCCGGAUGCUCCCUGCGCCCCCCGCGCGCCCGAUGCUCCCUGCGCCCCCCGCGCGCCCGAUGCUCCCUGCGCCCAGGGACCGCCGCGCGCGCCCGGCCCGGAGCCACGCCUGGCCCGCCAGCUGCUGCCCGAGCUCUACAGCUUCCUGGCGCGCGUGCUGUUCUACCUGGCGCCCGUCUACCUGGCCGGCUACCUGGGGCUCAGCAUCACCUGGCUGCUGCUCGGCGCGCUGCUGUGGCUGUGGUGGCGCAGGAACCGCCGCGGGAAGCUCGGGCGCCUGGCGGCCGCCUUCGAGUUCCUCGACAACGAGCGCCAGUUCAUCAGCCGCGAGCUGCUGGGCCAGCACCUGCCGGCCUGGAUCCACUUCCCAGACGUGGAGCGGGUCGAGUGGGCCAACAAGAUCAUCUCCCAGAUCUGGCCCUACCUGAGCUUAAUUAUGGAAAACAAGGUCCGGGAGAAACUGGAGCCCAAGAUCCGGGAGAAGAGCGUCCACCUGAGGACCUUCACCUUCACCAAGCUCGACUUCGGACGGAAGUGCCCCAGGGUCAACGGGGUCCAGGCGCACAUCAGCAAGCACAACCGGAGGCAGGUGGUCCUGGACCUGCAGAUCUGUCUUCAGUCCUUUCACAGGGUCUCCGGACCUUUAGCCUCUGAGGCACUCAUUCUGAGCUCCCUGUGCCCAUCACUUGGCAGGAGCCACCAGCAGGACUCGGCUCCUGAGAACAUUGCCUUUUCCCUCCACUACCCCCAGCAACCGCCUGGCUACAUUGGGGACUGCGAGAUCAGCGUGGAGCUGCAGAAGAUACAGGCUGGUGUGAACGGGAUCCAGUUGCAGGGCACGCUGCGGGUCAUCCUGGACCCCCUCCUGGUGGACAAGCCCUUCGUGGGAGCCGUGACUGUGUUCUUCCUUCAGAAGCCGCACCUGCAGAUCAACUGGACGGGCCUGACCAACCUGCUGGAUGCGCCAGGAAUCAAUGAGAUGUCAGACAGCCUGCUGGAGGACCUCAUCGCCGCCCACCUGGUGCUGCCCAACCGCGUGACUGUGCCCGUGAAGAAGGGCUUGGAUGUGACCAACCUGCGCUUCCCUCUGCCCUGCGGGGUGAUCAGAGUCCACUUGCUGGAGGCGGAGAAACUGGCUCAGAUGGACCACUUCCUGGGGAUCCGAGGCAAGUCAGACCCCUACGCCAAGGUGAGCAUCGGCCUGCAGCACUUCCGCAGCAAGACCGUCUACAAGAACCUGAACCCCACCUGGAACGAGGUGUUCGAGUUCUUAGUGUACGAAGUCCCUGGGCAGGACCUGGAGGUGGACCUGUAUGACGAGGAUACUGACAGGGACGACUUCCUGGGCAGCCUGCAGAUCUGCCUCGGGGAUGUCAGGACCAACAGAGUGGUGGAUGAGUGGUUUGUCCUGAAUGACACAACCAGUGGGCGGCUGCACCUGCGGCUGGAGUGGCUUUCACUGAUCGCUGACCCUGAGGCUCUGACUGAGGACCACGCGGGCCUUUCCAGUGCCAUCCUCGUGGUCUUCUUGGACAGCGCCUGCAACCUGCCGAGAAACCCUUUUGACUACCUGAAUGGUGAAUAUCGAGCCAAAAAACUCUCCAGAUUUGCCAAGAAUAAGGUGAGCAGAGACCCUUCUUCCUAUGUCAAGCUAUCUGUAGGCAAGAAGACAUAUGUGAGCAAGACCUGUCCCCGCAGCAAGGACCCCGUGUGGAGCCAGGUGUUCUCCUUCUUUGUGUGCAGUGUGGCAUCUGAGCAGCUGCGUCUCAAGGUCCUGGAUGACGACCAGGAGUGUGCUCUGGGAGUGCUGGAGUUACCCCUGUGCCAGAUUCUCCCCUAUGCAGACCUGACCCUCGAGCAGCGCUUCCAGCUGGACCACUCGGGCCUGGACAGCCUCAUCUCCAUGAGGCUGGUGCUUCGGUUCCUACGUGUGGAAGAACGAGAGAUGGGGAGCCCAUACACAGGACCUGAAGCCCUAAAGAAAGGCCCUCUGUUCAUUAAGAAGGUGGCCACCAAUCAAGGUCCCAAAGAUCCACCCCAGGGAGAGGGUCCUGCAGACUUGCCCUGCCCCCCAGACCCUGCUUCUGGUACCAAGGAAGUCUCCAAGAACACCAUGACAGCCACCAGCGCCACCACUGCUGCCACCGAGCCCACACCCCAAGCGGCAGGCCCAGAGCCGAAAGGCAAGGACAGUGCCAAAGGUUUCUGUGAGCCCAUGGGGGAGAAGAAGAGUUCGACCUCCAUCUUCCUGACUGUCCCAGGCUCCCACUCUCCAGGGCCCAUCAAGUCACCCAGACCCAUGAAAUGCCUUGCCUCCCCAUUCGCAUGGCCACCCGCGAGGCUGGCUCCCAGCAUGUCCUCGCUCAACUCUCUGGCCACCUCCUGCUUUGACCUGACAGAUAUCAGCCUCACCAUUGAGGGCGGGGAUUUCAGGCCGCGGAGGCUGGGCGAGAUCCAGCUCACGGUGCGUUAUGUGUGUCUGCGGCGCUGCCUCAGCGUGCUGAUCAAUGGCUGCAGAAACCUGACACGCUGUACCAGCAGUGGAGUUGAUCCUUAUGUCCGUAUCUACUUGUUGCCAGAAAGGAGGUGGGCAAGUCGUAAGAAGACCUCAGUGAAGCGGAAGACCGUGGAACCCUGGUUUGAUGAGACAUUUGAAUUUUUUGUUCCCUUGGAAGAAGUACAGAAGAGGUCACUAGAUGUUGCAGUGAAAAACAGUAGGCCACUUGGCUCACACAGAAGGAAGGAGCUAGGAAAAGUGCUGAUUGAUUUAUCAAAAGAAGAUCUGAUUAUGGGCUUCUCACAAUGGUAUGAGCUCACUCCAGAUGGACAGCCCAGAAGUUGAUGAGGAACAUAAUCACCUUUAUAUUAAAAUGUGUACAUAUGUAUAGUCUGUAAUUUAAUUCAGAACCAUUUGAAAAUAUAUAUACAUACAUUCUUGUGUGAAUUUAACUGGAUAGUAUUAGGAAGAGGUAAACAUAAGUAAAAGCCAGAACUACUCUCUCUUGGUUGGAUUUAAUUGUUCAAAUCCCAAAAGAAAUGUGGUAUUCAUGGCUAAUCAAUUAUUAGAACCUCAGUAGUGAUUUUUUUCACUUUUGAUAGGUAAUUAUAGACCAUCUGACUUAGGCCUUGCCUGAAUGUAUGUCAAAAGUGCCCUAUCUCAGACAUAGGGGGUGGGGAGGAUGCUGCUUUUAUGAGACUAAAAGGUGACCCGCCUCCAAAUUGCCAAAUGAUAAUACUACCUAGGCCCACUGCCACCUUUGGUACUCCUCUGCCUGGGGAUUAUUCCUGUAUCUGAAUUGGAACUAAAAUGUAUUUUUUUCUGAUGGGGGGAACAAUGAGACAAUGAUAUACCUAAACACCUUGAGUUAAAUACUCGAGUGUGGAUGGCCUGGGACCAAACUCCAGCAUGUGGCCUUAUUUCCAUAGGAAAUGCAGGCCAGGUUCCAGACUCAGGUCUAUGUCUGCACUCCCCUAGCAGAGCUGGACUCUGCUGCAGUCAGUGCCAGAGGGGCUUUCUGUAUCCUCUCAGACAGAUGUGGAAAUUCAGCUCCACUUUUCUGAGACAGCUGGUUCCCCUAAUAACAUGUAAAAAGCAAUCCAUGUAAACUGUAUAUUUAAAUAAGUGCCUCUUUUGCAUUUCAAACUAUAAAACCAAAUAUUCUUGUUCUCA